AUGUCUUCAACAGAGGGAAUACCAUUGAGACCGGCGCUCAAGAAUGAGGAGAGUGAGGAUGGGAAUAUGAGUCCUAGAAGUGGUCCUAAAGUCGUCUCAAUUGCAGAAGGCGAUCCAGAGCCCAUCCCACCUCUCCCACCUCUCCCAGCCACAGAAGACGCCCGUGGCAUCAAGCAAUUCCCAGCAAACCUGUCCUCCAGAAGACUUAGUGGACGGGUCAACAUGCUAUCGAGCAAUUCUUCGCGAUUGAGUCUGGCGAGCCAGAGUAGUAUUGACGAUAGCGAUGCGAACAAAGGCGGCGUGAACGGGAAAGAUGAGGAGAAGGAGAAGAGACACCAUCGCCUUCAUGGAUUACACAGGGAAGGACAUGGAUUGCAUGUACAUCAUAGAGAUCAUGGACACAAAGGAGAGGACAAGCAUCGUGAUAAACUUUUGAGCGACGUGGUCGGCUGGCUCGAAUCCGAGAAAGCGAAAAGAGCGGCGAAGAAAUCGAAAGAGAGAGCGGGAGAUGGUGAUUCUGCGGCUGCGACCAGAGAAGGUGCCGGCGGUGGACCUUCCAGCUCGAGCGCUCGACCAAGAACAUCGAGUAUGGACUCUGAUGCGUCUAACAUUUCCUUGGACCGACUACAGAAGAUUUUGGAGGAUAAUAUGAGCUCUUUUGGCCUGGAUAGUCUGCCGCUGGCAAGUCCGACUAGGAGACCGAGUACUCUUGGUAGAAGGAGGGGAUCAUUGAGGAGAGCUUACAGCUCGGAUACGGAGUAUCAUGAGGGCGAUGUGGUUGUUCCUUCUUGCGACGUUGUGCUGGAUAAUUCCAAGACGAUGUCGUAUUCAGGUGGAGGGGUAGCCGAGUCGAGCGACACAACUGUGACACUGAGCACUUCAAAGCGCGCGGAGAAGGAGAGGAAACAUUGGUUACAGUUCAAGAGUGAGAUUGUUAGGCUGGCACAUACGCUUCGAUUGAAAGGGUGGAGAAAGGUGGCUCUCGAGCGAGGAGGAGAAAUCGAAGUUGAAAGGUUGAGCGGUGCUCUCACAAAUGCUGUCUAUGUUGUUUCGCCUCCACCAGGAAUCUCACAGCCUCAGAACAUCGAGAAUGGAUCUAAGGCGCAUUCUUCGAAACCUCCACCAAAGCUUUUACUUCGAAUCUACGGUCCACAAGUUGAACAUCUUAUCGAUCGCGAGAAUGAGCUUGAGAUCUUGAAGAGAUUAUCGCGCAAGAGAAUUGGCCCGAGAAUGCUGGGGACGUUUAGAAACGGCAGAUUCGAGGAGUACUUUAAUGCCACAACGUUGAAAUUCGAGGAUCUAAGAGUCAAAGAUACAAGCAAGCAAAUUGCCAAGCGAAUGAGAGAGUUGCAUGAAGGUAUUGAUCUUCUAGAGCGCGAAAGAGAAGAAGGGCCGUUUGUUUGGAGGAACUGGGAUAAAUGGGUUGAUAGAUGCGAAGAAGUGAUCACUUAUCUAGACAGCGAAAUCUUGAGUCAACGAAAGGGGAAAGAGGCAUGGCGCGAACGAGGAUUGAUUUGUGGUGUUGGGUGGAAGGUAUUCAAGGCUGCGGUUGAUAAGUAUAGGAAGUGGUUGGAUGAGUAUUAUAAGAAGAAGGGAGGGGUAGAAAACCGUCUUGUGUUUGCUCAUAAUGAUACUCAAUAUGGCAACAUCCUGCGUCUUAUUCCACCACCAGCACCAACCCCUACCUCAGAUGGAAGCUACCCACCACCAUCCCCGCUCCUCCUACCCGCGAAUCAUCAUAAACAACUUAUAGUUAUCGACUUUGAAUAUGCUUCCGCCAAUACUCCUGGGUUAGAAUUUGCCAACCACUUUACAGAAUGGUGUUACAAUUACCACGACCCAAAGCGACCUUGGGCAUGCGAAACAUCCCGCUACCCAACCCUAGAACAGCAACGUGAUUUCAUCCGUUCAUACGUCAAUCAUCGCCCACAAUUCAAUCCUCGCGCCUCAGCAACCCCUAAACUCCUCCCCCUCGAUGGCACCACAUCCGCCAUGCGCGGCGGCGUUAAUGAAUUCCUUCUUGACUCUCGCGCUCCCGGUGGCAGCAGCAACGGCUCAAUCAAAAAUGGCAUAGACGAGACAGGAUCCUCCUACCCACGUCCUCCCUCCAGCAUUGGCAGCACCUCCUCCUUGAACCUCAGAUCAGACGACACCAGCUACUACGCGGAAGAAGAACGCAAACGCGAAGCCGAGAUCGAACGUCAAGUCACCGCCCUCCUAGAAGAAACACGUAUCUGGCGUCUCGCCAACUCGGCUCAAUGGGUUGCGUGGGGCAUCGUGCAAGCCACCGUCCCAGAACUCGACAACAAAGACUCCGACCCGGGAAGUCCUGAGACGGUCACGGACACGAACGAACUCGUCGCCUCACCUGCGCCGUUGGCGGAUCCGAGUCAGAAGAAUAGUCUCGUCGCUGAGAAACGGCCAGAGGGUCUUCAUGCCGAGGCGUUGAAGAAUGGAGAGUCGGAGGAGAGGAUCGAGAGUGAGCUUGAGGGCGGCGAGGAGGAUGAGUUUGAUUACCUGGCUUAUGCGCAGCAUCGGGCGCUUUUCUUUUGGGGGGAUGUGGUUGCGUUGGGGUUGAUGGAUCGGGAAGAGUUGCCCGAGAGUUGUUUCGGGGAGGGGGGACCGGUUAGCGUUGAGUAUUAG